AAAGUGACCCGCCUUGAAACUGGUCAUCGAGGAGGAUGCCCACCGUGGCCGCUCGAUUUUCGUUGUGUGGCCUCAUCCGGCGCUCACGGAGGAGCGCCUCGCCGGUCCUCCGCGCCUUGUCUUCCAAUGCAUCUGGAAACCUAUGUCGCGGCGGCCUUCCCCGUUUCCAUUCCCCGUCCCUUCCUACCUCCAAGGGAAAUGCUGUACGGAUCCAAGGUGACGAGUUCUGGCACAUGACGAAGGUGCUACGCCUGGGACCAAAUGAUAGGGUGGAACUCUUUGAUGGUAAAGGUGGUCUAGUUGAAGGCUGCAUACAGAGUGUAAGUCGGACUGGAUUAGAUAUAAUUGCUCUACAGGAACCCCAAGUCGUUGAUCCUCAGGGUGUUCAGUGGCAUAUAUAUGCAGCUUUUGGAACCUUGAAAGGUGGUCGGGCAGAUUGGCUGGUUGAGAAAUGCACUGAACUGGGAGCGAGCAGUGUAACCCCCCUUUUGACAGAGCGAUCUCAUACGAUUACAGAAAAUCGGGUAGAAAGGUUGGAACGUGUUGUAUUAGCUGCUGUUAAGCAAUGUCAGAGACUACAUCAAAUGACUUUAAAUCCUCCUAUGAAAUUUCGGAAACUUUUACCGAUGGUUUCAAAUUCAAAGUUCGCCUUUGUAGCUGUAGCAGAAGCAACUCCUCUAGUGAAUGUCCUAUCCGAGUCAACUGUAGAAGACAGUGGACUUCUGAUUGUUGGUCCAGAAGGGGACUUCACGAAUGAAGAGGUGAAACUAUUGAUAGAAGCAGGUGCUACUGCUGUUGGCCUUGGUCCAUGCCGGCUACGAGUUGAGACAGCUACUGUUGCACUCCUAUCUACUCUUAUGCUGUGGUCUGAUGCACAAAAACUUCAAUUUCCGUUGCAGUGAACUUUUAGGUGGUGACUUCGUCUGAUGAUCUAUUCAUCAUGAAUAGGUGCAAUCAAGUCGACCCUUUUGCACCAUGCACAAAAUGCCUCAUCAGAUCCUGAUUAUUGUGGGUAGUCUGCCAUAAAAAGCUGCAGCUAAGCAAGCUGUGACAUACAAAGGUUACCAAAAUUGAAUUUUGAGUAGAUGUUUACUCUUGUGUUAUUGAAAAAAAUAUGGUCUCUAUUAAGUCAUUGAUUAA